CACUAAUCACUUUUUAAUUAUUACUUAUUGAAGUUAACUCUCUAAUAGUUAGUGGUGUAGUACUUAUUGACUUAUUUUGCAAGGACUACACUAAAUAGUAAAUUAACAUUUAAAUAGACAGUUACGUAGUUACUAAUCAAGACUAUUAUUUAUAAUCUAUUUGUGUAUCAUUUAAUAAUAAUAAGUAACUACAAUUUUAUUAACAUUAUCAUUCUUUUCCAGUUCUCUCUAUCGUCGGUUGUGAAUGUUGUGAUCCAAACACGUUCAAUAUUGUAGGUCUUAAACAAAUUUAAUAAGUAUUUGAAUAUUGCUUUACCAUGGCACCCAAAACAGUAUUGGUUCGAAAUCGAAACAAGUCAAAUAAUAACAUUUUCAUCAAAAAACUUAAUCACUUUAUGAUAAUCAAUAAAAAUUUACGUAAGCGUAUUGAAGACUUAUCAGAAAAAAAUAAACAAUUAUCGGCCACUAGGAAUAGUUUAUUAUUGCAGAAAUUGGAAUUGCAAAAUCAAAAUAACACUAUUCGAAAUUCAAAUAUUCAACUAACUGCAAUGCAAAAUAUUAUGCGUAGAAAACUUAGUGUACUAGAACAGACUAUACAAAGCUGUAUACCUUCAUUAGUAACUAUGUCACAAUGCAUCCCAUCUAUGUUAGAAAUUGUACAUGAAAUGAGUAAAUGUGAGGUCAACAAUUUUAAUAAAGAAAAGAAAGAAAAACAAACUGAAACUGUACGACCUAUGAUCCAUGGUAUUACUCAAUCAACUGUUACAAUAAAACAAUUUGAUAUGUCACCUAUCAUUGAAAGUCCUAAUUCUAGUUCUGAACAAACUCCAGUAAGGCCAAGAAGAUCUAGUUAUAGAAGCUCACCACACAGCAAACUUAAUGUGGAACCAUAUGUAAGAUUAAAAGAUGUCGCAGCUAUGUUGAAAAACUCCAAAGCUGUUCCUAAUGAUAGUCCUAAACAUCGACUAAAUGAAAAUGUUGUUGAAGACUCAAGUUGGUUGAAUACUCAAGAAAAUCAAAUCCAAUAUUCUAAUGACAAUACUAGUGUGACACAAUAUGGUAAUAGUUCUCCUGGAUUAAACACUCUCAAUGAAAUUCAGGCUGAUGUACCAAUGACUGCUUCUACUACAAUUGGUAGUAUAGAUAAUACAUUUAAUGAAACUGAAGUACGACAAAGUGAUUUAUUAUCUCCUAUUGAUUCAAGUAUGCUGAGAAACAUAACAUGCCGAAAACGUGCUAAACGAUCAAGUGAAUCAAGCAAUACAUCAGGUAUUAAUGAUUCAAUCUCUUCAGGAAGGCCUAGUAGAUCUGCAACAAAAAAGGUUAACUACAAAGAGAAGAGCCUUUGCUGUAAACUCAGAAGAUAAAUUACCUAUCAUAAAAUCAAUUAAGAAAUUGUAUUUUAUAUUCAAUAGUGUGCGUUAAAUGUUAUUUUUCUUUAUUAGUAAGCAUUUUUUUUUUUUUUUUUAUUAUAAUUUGAUGGGUGUUUUGAUUCUAAACCACAAAUUAUAAUUAUGUAUAUUUUAUUUGAUUAUUAAAGGAAAUUAAUAUAAUUUA